AACCAACAAAAAAUCUUCAGUAAAGCAAACGCCUUCUGCUACGUGGCACAUCAAAAAACUUUACAGCAACGAUAAUUUCGCAAUCAUCGUAAAGUUCAAAUUCAUAGCGAUCAAAUUCAUUUCCUUCGCAACGUAGUUUAAAAAGACGAUGCAAGAUGUCAUGAGGUUGAAUGGAAGCAUAGUUAACGAUUUGGCUGCGGAGUGGAGCUUCUUGGAGAAGCUUCCGGUCGUUCUUCACGACAAACUGAUGACGGACGCGGUGCUGGGGAAUCGCCCCAUCAAGACCGAGCAUUCGUACAGCCUCACCUCAGACGGAGACUCUCUGCCGGAAUCUCCGAUUUCCUCGACGCGGAUGGACGUUUCAGUGUUCUCAGACAUGGACGAUGAAUGCUUCAACGCGAUAUCGGCGAGCGAAGCGUGCGGUCGCCUCUCCUCCGACGAGAUCGACAUCAAGGAUGAACCCGUCAGCGAAUCGGACUCGUCGUGCUCCUCGUCCCCGCAACACAGCUCUUUCUUGAACCAGGACACCUGCUCAGUGGACGCCUUCUUCAAUACAGACGUAGAAAUGAAAAGCCCUCCGAAAAGUAUAUUGAAGCACAGGAACAUAAUGCUUACUGCGGCGAACAACAACAUCUUCACCAGCGCGAAACUUCCGAACAUCAAAACGGAACCGGGAAGCAGCUUCAGCUUACCGCCGACACCGCCGUCCUGCUCGAGCAGCGAGGAGAGCGAGGACAACAUCACCGUCACAUCGCAACCUUCUUCAUCGGCCGCCAGUCCGGCGACGGUAGUUGUCCGCACGAAAUCCUCCACAACCACAGCUCGAGUGCUCUUGAGCCAUUACACCACGAGGCAGCCCAUCCACACGCCGCUCAUCAGCAGUCAACCAAAAGGAUCCACGGGUACUCUGAUGCUCACGGAGGAAGAGAAGCGGACGCUCAUCGCGGAAGGUUACCCAGUCCCCACCCGCCUACCUUUGACCAAAGCCGAGGAGAAGUCGCUCAAGAAAAUCAGGAGGAAAAUCAAAAAUAAGAUUUCGGCGCAGGAAAGCCGGAGGAAGAAGAAGGAGUACAUGGAUCAACUCGAGAGGAAAGUCGAGCUGUUGGUGACGGAGAACAGCGACUACAGGAAGCAGAUCGACAAUCUCGAGGGCUCGAACAGCAGCCUCCUCAAUCAACUCGCGAAAUUGCAGGCGAUCGUCGCAAGAACACAUCCGCAUUUGGUCAAGAAAAACUAAAAAAAAAACACAUUAAAACAAAACAAAAACGAAAAAAAAAAAAG